CCCUACAGCCGCCUGCGGGGCAGAGCCCGCCGGCCCCCCGACCUCAAGAAGUGGGGGGUGAAAAGCGGGUACCUGCCCGCCUGCGGGAACAAGACCCUGACUGCCCGCUGCCACCAGUGCGUCAUCGUCACCAGCUCCAGCCACCUCCUGGGCACCCGCCUGGGCACGGCCAUCGACGGGGCUGAGUGCACCAUACGCAUGAACGACGCUCCCACCACAGGCUACGAGGUCGACGUGGGCAACAAGACCACCUUCCGUCCCCCCCCCAGCCUCUACCGCGUCCUCAAGCGGCCCCAGGAGUUUGUCAACAAGACCCCGGAGACCAUCUUCAUCUUCUGGGGGCCGCCCGCCAAGAUGCAAAAGAGCCUCCUGAAAAUCAUCCAGCGCGUCAGCGCCUCCUUCCCCAACAUGACGGCCUACAUCGUCUCCCCCGGCCGCAUGAAGCAGUUUGAUGACCUGUUUCGGGGGGAGACAGGGAAGGACAGGUCCCAGGGAAAAGCAUGGCUCAGCACCGGCUGGUUCACUAUGGUGAUAGCGGUGGAGCUGUGCGACGCCGUCCACGUCUACGGCAUGGUGCCGCCCAACUACUGCGGGUAA